CUAAGUUAUUGGUUCAACGCAAAUCGACCUCGACAUGUCUUCUUCCGCCUUCCCUCCGCCCAAUGGUAUGAGUUCCUUCUGGAGGAGCCAGACUGGGGAUCUCGACAACCAUCAAUCAACGAGCGCGCUCCCGGACGAAUGCGAUAUUGUUGUGGUCGGAGCUGGAUACUCGGGAGCAGCUCUCGUGACGCACAUUCUAUCAAAAUGCGUUGACCGAGUACCUUCAAUCCUAGUCUUGGAGGCGAGGCAGCUGUGCUCUGGAGCGACUGGGCGAAAUGGCGGCCACCUCAAGCCAGAUUCUUAUUAUGCCAUCUCGAGAUUGGCGAACGAGUAUGGCAUUGAGGCUGCUGCUGAAGUCGCCAACUUCGAGAGCGCCAACGUCGAGGCGGUUGCGGAGUUUAUACGAGAGGAGGAGGUCGACUGUGAUUUCGUAAUGACGAGAGCUAUCGAUGUUCAAUUCUCGACGCAGCACCAAAAUAGCCUUGAAGCAGGCUACAAGUCGUUGCUGGCCAAGGGAGUUGAAGCAACAAAACGCACAUAUUGUGCACCGCAAGAAUUUGCUGAGAAACUCUCGGGCGUGAAGGGAGCAAAGGGAUGCUUUAGCUACACUGCUGGCCACUUGUGGCCAUACAAGCUCAUUCACCACAUGUUUCGCAAGGCCAUCGCCAGCGGCGUCAACCUACAAACAAACACACCAGUGCGAACGAUAUCUCCGACUCAAGACGUGAAUGGCUUCUGGACAAUCACAACAGAGCGGGGUGUGGUCAAGACAAAGAAACUCGUCAUGGCAACCAAUGCGUACACGGCAGCUCUGUUGCCAGAGUAUGAAGGCAAGAUCGUCCCUUACCGAGCCAUUUGUAGCAGAAUCACCACCCCUGGGACAGCGCCCUUGUUGACAAACUCGUAUGCGCUGCGAUUCAGCAGCUGGGACUUUGACUACUUGAUUCCGCGACCUGACGGGAGUAUCAUAGUCGGAGGCGCCCGACAGGCCUAUAUCAGACACUUGGAGGAUUGGUAUGGUAACGCAGACGACAGCAAGGUAAUCGAGAGGGCUCGUCGUUACUUUGAUGGUUACAUGCAACGACAUUUCAGUGGAUGGGAGAACAGCGGCGCUCAGGUCGAUGAUGUAUGGACAGGAAUCAUGGGAUACUCUUCUGAUAGGCUCCCGCGCGUGGGCGAGAUUCCAGGCCGUCCCGGCAUGUUCAUCAUGGGCGGCUUUACCGGCCAUGGCAUGCCACAGGUGUUUCUGUGCGCUAGCGGGAUGGCGGAUGUUGUUCUCGGCAACAAAGGUUUUAGCGAAACUGGAAUACCACGACUGUUUGAGGAGUCCAAAGAGCGACUUAGUGACAGCAGAAACAGGAUAUUGGAGUUGUACGAAGAGCCACUGAAUGAGUUCCAGUCAAAGCUCUGAAUGUAGCAAUCAGCUAGCCCUUGACAUACAAGCAAGAGCAAUAUUUCCCCACUUUCUUUAAUUCUGGGCUCUUGUCACGAAAUAAAAGAACAUUUCCAU